AUGAUGGUGCUCAGAGUAGAGGAGUUGGUAACAGGGAAGAAGAGCAGCAACGGGGAGUUCCUUCCCGGGGAGUUCAGCAACGGAGAAUACGAAGCUACUGUUGCAUUGGAGAAACAAGACCAUCUGAAGACACUUCCAGCCCACCAUGUGAACGUGGGGGAGCAACAGUGGGAAAGUGAGAAACUGCGAGAGGCAGAGCUCAAAAAGAAAAAACUGGAGCAAAGAUCAAAGCUUGAAAACUUAGAAGACCUUGAAAUAAUCAUUCAACUGAAGAAAAGAAAAAAAUACAAGAAGACUAAAGUUCCAGUUGUGAAGGAACCAGAGCCUGAAAUUAUAACUGAGCCUGUGGAUGUGCCAAGGUUUCUGAGAGCUGCACUGGAGAACAAACUGCCAGUAGUAGAGAAAUUCCUGUCAGACAAGAACAGCCCUGAUGUCUGCGAUGAGUAUAAACGGACCGCUCUCCACAGAGCAUGCUUAGAAGGACACUUGGCAAUUGUGGAGAAGUUAAUGGAGGCUGGAGCCCAGAUUGAAUUCCGCGAUAUGCUUGAAUCCACAGCCAUCCACUGGGCAUGCCGCGGAGGAAACCUGGAUGUCCUGAAACUGUUGCUGAACAAAGGCGCCAAAAUCAGUGCCCGAGACAAGCUGCUCAGCACAGCGCUGCAUGUGGCAGUGAGGACUGGUCACUACGAGUGCGCAGAGCACCUCAUCGCCUGCGAGGCAGAUCUCAAUGCCAAGGACAGGGAAGGAGAUACCCCACUGCAUGACGCUGUGAGGCUCAAUCGCUAUAAGAUGAUCCGACUCUUGAUGACCUUCGGUGCGGACCUCAACAUCAAGAACUGUGCUGGGAAGACCCCCAUGGACCUAGUAUUGCACUGGCAGAAUGGAACCAAAGCAAUAUUCGACAGCCUCAAGGAGAAUGGCUACAAAACCUCCCGCAUAGCUACAUUCUAAGGAAAGAGACCCAACAGGAGCUGUUCCCAGGCAUUUUCAAAGCAUUGCCCAGCAGAUGAGCAGCCAGCUAUAAAAUCUAGCCUUUUGUUUGCCAGCCAGAUAGGGAGAUACACUUAAAGAAGCUUCAGGAAAGCACUGGGUUAUAGGUGUUUAAAUUUCCUUUAGUGAUGCUCACCAUGUUUAUUUAUUCCUAUUUAUUUAUUUAUUUAUUUAUUUAUUUCGGAACACCGGCAUUCAGGCUUUCACGAGCAUAUUUUGGGGGGAGCAAAACUUAAUCUGUAUGCACCAUUCAGAGUCUUCCCAUAGAUCUUAAGCCAUGUGGGUGAACGAUGUCUAAUUGCACACUUUGGUGUCCUCACUCGCACAAAGCUAUGAGAGGUAUCUUCUUAAAAGGCAAGGGAGGU